GAGGCUUGUUUUGGAGACGAAGCAGCAGCUGCGACGUCAUCAGAGGCAGCUCUGGCCGGAAGCGGGGACUGGCAGGUGAGAGACUACAAGGGUCGCUUUCCCCCACCUCCAGCCCCAUGAAGCGGAAGCAUCAGCUCAUCUCGGAUACAUUCCAGGCGAAAAAACGACGGCUGGUUCUCGGAUCGGAGCCUCUCGAACAGGAAGGCCCUGAGGCAGUAGAAUCUGCACUCCAGUUUUUGGCAUCUCUCUUCCCCCGCAAGUUAUUUGAGGAUUUGCUGCCACCCUUGAUUCUGAGACACCAGAUCUACAGCCUCGUCAAAGACCGAACAACUGUCGACAGGCACUUGAGCCAGCUGAAAGAUGAGGGACGGAUCCGGAUGUUCCAGCAUGGUUUUGAUGCAGACACUUUUGUUGUGGCGUUCACAGACAACUAUAAAUCUAAGGUGCUAGAGUUUACGUCUGGGAAGGACUUUGACAAGACGGUGAGGAAAUUCCUGGAUUCUGUCCUCAGCUCCUGCCCUGACAUCAGUUUCGACAAAAGAAGGAUGCUGAGAGAGUUUGGCUUCAGUGAUGCGGAAAUCACGCAGCUAGUGAAUGCCGGAGUCCUGACUGUCCGUGAUGCAGGGAGCUGGUGGCUGGCAGUGCCUGGAGCAGGUCGUUUUGUCAAAUGCUUCAUCAAAGGGAGGAAAGCCGUGCUGAGCAUGAUCCAGAAGGCCAAAUACAAGGAAGUUUUGCUGUCUGACCUGCAGAACCGUCGAGCUCCGAGCGCCGUGAAGCUGGGCCUUCCUUACCACAUCCACGACCUUAUUGGAGCCCAGCUGGUGGACUGCGUGCCCACGACCUCCGGCACCCUCCUCCGACUGGCUGAUGAUUAAGAACGUGCCACUUGUCUGCCACCAAACAAACAGCUGUGCCUAAAAUGAAUGGAUGCUGCUUGGGGCACUCGCCACGGGGGACAGGAUGCCUACCUGAGCCACCAGCCUCAUUGUGAACAAACAGGACCUUUCCCAGCAAAAACAAUUUUUCAAUUAUUAUUUAUGAAACAGAUUUAUAUUUUGCACUUAAUAUGGGCCCAAUGUGCAAGAGCAUCUUAGCAGGACCCCUGACUGUCGUGACGUGACUGACGCGAGGCCGUGGAUAAGAGAGGAGGGAGCUGCUCCUGCAGUCUCUAGGCUUGAUCUGUGGAUGCCGGAGAACCGUGGGAAUGCUGCGCAUCUAAGGACAGCCAGGGCCAAGAUGUUCCCACAAGGAAUUCAUUCCUGGAAGUGUGUGUGGCCAUGUAUGCAUGAGUGUUGAUCUCUUAGAUGACAGCAGUGUCUCAAAAAAUUACAUUGAAGCUCGAUUAAAAGCAUUUCUUCUUCC